AUGAGAAAGUCAUUGCCAUCCAAUCAUCCAUCAUUAGCAACUGCAUAUAAUAAUAUUGGAUUAGUUCUCUAUCAGAAAGGUGAAUACGAUAAAGCAUUAGAGAAUUAUGAAAGGGCACUUGAAAUUCAACUCAAGUCAUUGCCAUUCAAUCAUCCAUCAUUAGCAACUACAUAUAAUAAUAUUGGAUUAGUUCUCCAUGAGAAAGGUGAAUACGAUAAAGCAUUAGAGAAUUAUGAAAGGACACUUGAAAUUCAACUCAAGUCAUUGCCAUCCAAUCAUCCAUCAUUAGCAACUACAUAUAAUAAUAUUGGAUUAGUUCUCUAUCAGAAAGGUGAAUACGAUAAAGCAUUAGAGAAUUAUGAAAGGGCACUUGACAUUGACCUCAAGUCAUUGCCAUCCAAUCAUCCAUCAUUAGCAACUACAUAUAAUAAUAUUGGAUUAGUUCUCCAUGAGAAAGGUGAAUACGAUAAAGCAUUAGAGAAUUAUGAAAGGACACUUGGAACGAAAUGA